AUGAUUAUGCCGGAGCUAAGUUACAUGCUCUCCGGUGCUAGUGAGCCCCGAGCAGGAUGGAACGCCGCCGCCGACGGCCAAGGCGCCGCCCUGCACGCCAGCGACAACAAUAGCGGCAGCAGCUUUUUUAUGCCCAACUCAACGAGCAGCUCAGGCAAGGCGUCCAUUCACGGCGGCCAAUUGGAGAGCAACUGUGCUAACAACAAUAUCCCCAUGAACAACAACGGCAGCGGCGAUGCGGAUGCGCAUGCACGCAAGGAUAGUGGCGAGCCGACUACUGAGUAUGAGAAGUGGAUCUGGGUGCUCGACCCACUUACACGCAAGUUGCGUGUGCCACUCUCGCAGCUUGUGCCCACCCAGGCCACAGCGACCACAGGGACUGUGCCUUCCCUUUGCAUCUCGUUUUUGGAAGGGCGUUGCCGCCACCAGUGGUGCAGGCAGGCGCAUGUGCUUCCCUGCGCCAUUCCGCAGCUGCGCCAUGAGGCGCUCCAUGCGCCGACCUGCUGUCGACUACACGACGAUCCGCACGACACUUCUGUCCUGACAAGCCGCUUUAAAUAUAUUCGCGUCGUGAACAACACCGGCAGCAAUAACGCUAACACGAACGGUGACAAUGAUAAUGACGCAAGCGACUUGAUCUCUACCGAUCGCGUGGCACAGACGGUGGGGCUGCUGCGCUUCAUGGCCCACAGUGUGCCUCCGCCGAAGAGGCGGCAGCAUUCCCAGACCUCCGCAAAGGAGGGAAGCAACAGCCGGUCAGCAGAUACCGGGGACCUCGCGGGGGAGGCCGAUAAAAGCCUUGGAAAGUCCGCCACCGACGACACCGAUGAUGAUCGGGAGUUGGUCUUGGAUCUCCCUGCCAAGCUUAUUUGUCGCCUUCAUCUUUCCCACCGUUGCCGCUACUUAGAGGACUGCAACAACAUACACAUCUGCCGCGAGUGCGAGCUGCGGCUGCAGCCCCCGUCGCACGUUAUGACGGUGUUGUCCACCGUGACGCCUGCAACGCGCACCGUCACCGUCGGCGACACGUGCUACGCCGCGACUCAGCUCGCCGUGGGCGAAGUCACAGACGAGGAGUUUCGCGUCAUCUGCGAGCAGCAGCGACAUGCGUUUCUGCCGCAGUCCUGGGGUGACUCCCAGAGCGUGGCUCCGCACAAGAGUCCGUUGAUGUACGGCGGAAGUGGGGCCUCGUCGAUUGCAUGCGGUAGUGCGUCACCGCCGAUGUUUGCCGCAGGGAAAUUGACGGCGGACAGCAAAGUUACCGCCAACAACGCCACGAGCAACGCGGCAGUUGGUUGCCGCAUGCUUUUUCCUGGGCUCACGGCAGGUGGGCAGAGUGGCGGGGAGUCGCCCAUUUCCGCUGGUGCCCUGCUGCAGGGGGGACAGUCACACGCAGGGCCGCAGCCGGUGGCCCGCGCGCUGCGCAUCUACGACGUGCGUUCGAAGGCCAACCAAACCAACGCAUCCAGCAACAGCAACAACACCAACAACAAUGUUGCCAACAACAUCCUGGGCGCCCCCAGCUGCGGCAAUGUCGCGAAGAAUAACAUGGGCGGCAGCGGCGCGAAAAACCAUUGCAACGGCGGUGUGCGGGGCGCGGGCGGCAGCGGCGGCCACCACCCCCACGGCCACCACCAUGUCAGCAGGCACGCAGCAGUGAAGGGCGCCAAUAGUUAG